AUGCCAGACUCGAAUUAUGCAGAUUGGGCAGAUCCGAUCGCACAAUUGAAAAAUCUGCCACCGGGUAAAAAGCUGAGCGAUCCCAUCAAAACGAUUGAAGACAAGUGGCAACUACUACCGGCAUUCUUGCAAGUCAAAGGGUUGGUAAAACAGCACAUUGAUUCGUUCAACUUCUUCAUCGAGAAGGACCUCAAAAAUAUCGUCAAAGCCAACGACCGCGUCACUUCAGAUAUUGACCCAAACUUCUUUCUCCGUUAUACGGACAUCAAUGUCGGUUGUCCUGAACGAACCGAUCCUGACUCGAAUAAUAAGGAAAUUUUUCCACAUGAAUGCCGAUUACGGGAUAUGACAUACAGCGCACCCAUCAACGUCAAUGUGGAAUAUUAUAGAGGUGGAAAAACUGUUCGCAGAAGGAACGUGUGCAUCGGAAAGCUCCCGAUCAUGUUGCGUAGUAACAGAUGUUGGCUCACAGGGCGUAACGAAGCAGAAUUGGCAGAGAUGAAUGAAUGUCCUUUGGAUCCAGGAGGCUACUUUGUGGUAAAGGGAACGGAAAAGGUCAUUUUGGUGCAAGAGCAAUUGAGUAAAAAUCGUAUUCUGCUGGAAUCCGAUUCGAAAAAAGGCACAGUGACUGCAAGUGUUACCAGUUCAACGCACGAGAGAAAGUCCAAGUCAUACGUCAUGACAAAACACGGCAAGAUCUACCUGAAACACAAUUCUAUCAAAGAAGAUAUUCCGAUCGUGAUCGUUUUCAAGGCAUUGGGUGUACAAGCAGAUAAGGAAAUUCUGCAACUCGUGGCAGGGAAUGAUGACAACUAUAAAGAGACCUUUUCCGUCAAUCUGGAAGAAGCAGCUCGUUUGGCAGUGUUUACCAAAUUGCAAGCUUUGAAUUAUAUAGGUACUCGCGUCAAGCUCAACAGGAAGCCAACAUUAGUUCGUCGUCCCGCAUACGAAGAUGCCAUCGAUGUUCUGGCUAAUGUGGUCAUGGCACAUGUUCCCGUCGAAAGGCUAAACUUCCGACCCAAGGCCAUCUACAUCGCAACUAUGGUCAGAAGAGUGCUUAUGUGCAUGCACGACGAUCGUUCGGUUGACGAUCGUGAUUACGUCGGUAACAAACGUUUGGAAUUGGCUGGUCAACUUCUUGCACUGCUUUUCGAAGAUUUAUUCAAGAAAUUCAAUCACGAUCUCAAGCUGAACAUCGACAAAAUUCUCAAGAAGCCCAACCGAACAGAGCAGUUUGAUGCAUACAGUCAAUUAUCCUUCCACAACGAAGCUAUCACGACAGGUUUUGUCCGAGCAAUCUCGACCGGAAAUUGGAGCUUAAAGCGUUUCAAGAUGGAACGAGCUGGUAUUACACACGUUUUGAGUCGCUUGAGUUUCAUUUCUGCCUUGGGUAUGAUGACUCGUAUCAGUUCACAAUUUGAGAAAACGAGAAAGGUGUCUGGGCCACGUGCUUUGCAACCUAGUCAAUGGGGUAUGUUGUGCCCAUCCGAUACACCCGAAGGAGAGGCUUGUGGUUUGGUAAAAAAUCUGGCUCUCAUGACUCACAUUACCACCGAUGUAGAUGAAGCACCGAUUCACAAAGUUGCAUUCAUGCUGGGAAUGGAAGAUAUCAGCUUGAUUACUGGUGCUGAGCUCUACCGUCACGAUUCGUAUGUUGUUUACAUCAACGGUUGCGUUGCAGGUUUGACAAGAUUCCCAAAACGCUUCGUUGCAAGCUUCCGUCGUCUACGUAGGGCUGGACGGAUCUCUGAAUUCGUCAGUAUUUAUACCAACACCCACCUACAUGCUGUGCACAUUGCUUCAGAUGGAGGACGAAUUUGCCGACCGAUGAUCAUCGUUGAAGACGGCAAACCUCGCAUCACCACGGAGCAUAUCCGCCUAUUAAAGAAACGGAUGAAGACUUUUGAUGACUUCUUGCAUGAUGGACUGAUUGAGUAUUUGGACGUCAAUGAAGAGAAUGAUUCAUUCAUUGCACUUUACGAAAAAGAUAUCAAAGCGCAUACCACACAUUUGGAAAUCGAGCCGUUCACGCUUCUGGGCGCUGUAGCAGGCUUGAUUCCAUACCCACAUCAUAACCAAAGUCCUCGUAACACAUACCAAAGUGCUAUGGGUAAACAAGCUGUCGGAGCGAUUGCAUAUAAUCAAUUGAAUAGAAUUGAUACGUUGCUUUACCUCAUGGUCUAUCCACACAAGCCCAUGGUCAAGACAAAGACGAUUGAGGUGAUCGGCUAUGACCGUUUGCCGGCCGGACAAAAUGCAAUGGUUGCCGUGAUGAGUUUCUCUGGAUAUGAUAUUGAAGAUGCUUUGGUCCUCAAUAAAGCUUCGAUUGAUAGAGGAUUUGGAAGAUCUCAAGUCAUGAGAAAGCAAACGACACACAUCAAAAAGUACGCCAACGGUACCUUUGAUCGAUUUGCCGAUGCUCCUAUUGAUGAUUAUGGUAAUAAGCUUGCACGAUAUACGACGUUGCAAGCAGACGGUAUUUCUGGAGUGGGUGAGCGAUUGAACGAGAUGGACAUCUAUGUGAACAAACAAGUUCCCGUCAAUGCCAACGAUAAUUCAGCAGCGGCAAUCGGCAAUUCAUCCCCCUCCGAAUACAAGAAUCAACCAAUGACACAUAAAAACAAGGUACCUGUGUUCGUCGAUCAAGUUAUGAUCACCGACUCGGAUCAAGAACAGACUCUUGUCAAGGUAUUGACCCGUGAGACACGUAUUCCUGAGUUGGGUGAUAAGUUUUCUUCCAGACACGGACAAAAAGGUGUAUGCGGUUUGAUCGUAAAUCAAGAGGAUGUUCCAUUUACCGAUCAAGGUAUCAAUCCAGACGUGAUCUUCAACCCGCACGGUUUCCCAAGUCGAAUGACAGUCGGGAAGAUGAUUGAGCUUCUAGCGGGAAAAGCUGGUGUUCUGGAAGGUAAGCUUCAGUACGGAACAGCAUUUGGAGGAAGCAAGGUAGAAGAUAUGUCACGAAUCUUGAUCGAGAAUGGGUAUUCGUAUGGCGGCAAAGAUUUCCUCACGAGUGGAAUUACAGGAGAGCCACUUGAAGCAUACGUCUACUUUGGUCCGAUCUACUAUCAACGUUUGAAGCAUAUGGUGAUCGACAAGAUGCAUGCCCGUUCCCGAGGUCCCAGAGCAAUCCUCACGAGACAACCUACCGAAGGGAGAUCGCGGGAUGGUGGUUUACGUUUGGGAGAGAUGGAACGUGAUUGUUUGAUCGGAUAUGGAGCAACGCAAUUGUUGCUCGAACGAUUGAUGUUAAGUUCCGAUGCAUUUAAGGUUUGUGCUUGUCAGAAGUGCGGUCUGUUGGGUUAUUCGGGAUUUUGCACGUUUUGCAAAUCUAGCAAAAAUGUCGUUGAGCUCACUUUGCCUUAUGCGACUAAACUGUUAUUGCAAGAAUUGAUGGCCAUGCAAAUCGUCCCGCGACUUGUUCUAGAGGAUGCCAUAUAG